AUGGGACGUAUAAACCACAAACCGCUGAUAAAUGGCAAGCGCCAUGAGUUCAAACGCAAACUGAACGAUAAAGUUGAGGACUUUGUGAGAAAAAGCCAGAAGACUAUAACAACUAGGAUGAACAAAGUUGAGAAAAAGAUUAAUGACGUUGGAGAAUCAGAGAAUUCGUUGCUAUCAAGCGUCUCAUUAACUCUAAAAACAAUAUCGAAGUCUUCACCUAUUCGAAAUGGACCAAACCCCCUAAGUUAUUGUAUGAGCUGCCCCACAAAGUGCAGGGAACAUAGACAACCAUUCAAAACACCUUACAGGGCACACCAAGAGCCCAAGGUACAAUAUGUUCGAUCCACUACGCAAAGAAGUCGUUUUACAGCUAAGAAAUUCACAAAAUCCUACAGAUCAGACCCUCUGCCACGAUUGAAGCUCAGACCAUACAACCAUCCAUGGGAUAGUCCCCUCAGCAAACGAGACAAAUCAAUACAGUUGAACCCAUAUUGCUCGGAAAGAGCUAGACCUAUUACAUUUGACAUAAAACCACCAAAGUUCACCAGAAUGCCGUAUGGGAAAGCUACAAAAUUCCUAUGA